GUAAUCUCUCAUCAGUGGAGGGAGCUUGUCCACUACUGGUUUUCCGAGAGAGCUCAGACAUAUUCCAAUAUUGGUAGAGCUGCUCGAGCAUCACAGACUGUUCCUCACACUUCAGGCUCCAUGAGUUAUGCGAGGCGUAGAGCUGAUUUCAUGGAUGAUAAUGGGAGGGAGCCUGGUAGGGUGGAGUUUUAUAGGAUGACUCACACCCACCGAGAUGGCAGCUUUGUCCGGGAGGAGUCAAGAGAUAUAGUUGAUAGGGCAACAAAUCUUAUUUCGGAGCGCGUCGGGGGGUCAUCAUCAUCCGACGCGACCCAUAAUAUUGAAGCUGAAGUGCUCGCUGAAUUGAUGGGCCCAGAGCGUUAUGGUCGAGUGAGGGGUUACGGCGUUGGAGUUACCCCCACUCAGUUGUCUUCAGUGGGUAGAUAUACAAGAAAUGCCAGAGAAUCUAGUAACACUGCAGAAGUUCGUCGGCUUCAAGCAACUAUUGAUGAGUUGAAGCAAAACCAAGCAAAUUUGCAGUCUCAGCUUACGAAUAUUUCUUCCAUGUUACAACGGUUUCUCCCUUCUCAGAUUCCUGAUACUUCAAACGCUAGUAGAGAUGAUGAUGGAGCUGAAUCCGUCCCUGAUGCAUUCUAGAUUAUCUUU